AUGGCCAAAGGCCUGGGGCCAGCUCAGCGGGACCCCCUGCAGGGAGCUCAGAGCCCCGAUGGCCAUUUGCAGGUUGAGCUGGACCCUGUGGCUGAGAGUUCAGAGGAGGCCGAGGCAGCCAGCGGGAGCUCUGAGCUAGGCCCUGUGCCAUCUCAGGAAAGCCGCAAGCCUGAGCUGCUGGGCCCUGAGGCCGAGGAGAGUGGGCAAGGCCUGAGGAGCAGAAACUUCCAUCGCUCACUUCGCAGCACUGACAAAGAGGCUGAUGGGGACUCCAGCAGGGGGCUGGCCUCAGCCCUCGAGGGACCCCAUGAGCCUGCAGAAGAAGCCCACCAUGCCCCAGAGGCUGAAGAGAUUGUCCUCUCUGGACCUGGGGCCCCCGACGUGUUUCAGACUCUCCAGCAUGCUCUGAGCUCACUGGAGGCUGCAGCUGCCGCCUGGCGCUGCCAGUCCCUGAGCUGUCCUGGGCCGAUGGAGAUGGAGGGCAGAAUCCAAGGGGAACCAAGGCCCUGCCUGGAGCUGGAGAGGGCAGGGGGCUGCCAGCGGGAGGUGGCCCACCUGGCAGAAAGGAACGCCUGGCUACGUUUGGCCCUGGGCAGCCGUGAGGACGAGCUGAUCCACAUGCAGGCCUCCCUGGAGGCCCUCCAGGGAGAGAAGGAGACACUGCAGAGAGAGGUCCAGGAGCUGCAGGAUUCCCUGCUGAGGCUGGAGUCCUUGCCACCUCCCUCCCACAGCCAAGUGGGUGGCUUGGGCAGCAGUUCCAGCAGUUCUGGGACUGUCAGGGAACCCUGGACCACUCAGGAUCCCUUCUCCCUGUCUCACCCCCUGCUCCGGCGCCUCCAGAGUGAUUCCAGUGCCCAGAUCCUUGGGCCUCUCCCCAACCGGCCCCUUGCCCCUGAGAUGCACAUUGUGGAAGCUCAGAUGGAGCAGCUCCAGGGAAGCAUCGAGAAGCUCAAAUGCUUUAACCGUCUGCUGUCAGCUGUGCUCCAGGGAUACAAGGGCCAGUGUGAGGGCCUCAGCAUGCAGCUAGGCCAGUGGGAGGCUGAGGCCACAGCACUACGUCUGGCCUUGCAGUAUAGUGAGCAUUGUGAGGAAGUGUACGGAGUCCUGCUCACUCUCCGGGAGGCAAACUCAGGAGCAGAAGUCCCCAGGAGUGAUGUGGAGGCAGCUGAGAAGGAGGCUCAGAGGCUGCUAGCUCAAGAGGAGGCUGUCAUGGAUGGAGAGACACUGUGGGAUCCCCAGCCAAGCCCGGAGGGCAGCAGUGUGGACAGGCCCACGCGACAGGAGGUGGCUGUCCAGCUCCGGGGCUAUGUCCAGCGUCUCCGGGAGCGCCGUGCUCUGGUGAAGAUUCUCCCAGAGCCCGGCCCCACCUUGGCACCCAUGCCCACUCUGCCCCAUGCAGAAGCCCUGGUGCAGGCCCUUCUGGAGACUCAGCCUGGCCCAGCCCUGCCCCGGCUGGAGAAGAGGCGGAUCCAGCAGGACCUGGAGGCCACACGGGAGACGCUGGAGGACCUGAUGCUGAGGCUGCAGCUGGUGCGGCGGGAGAAGCGGGGGCUGGAGCUGCAGGAGGCCGCCCUCCGCGCCCAGGGCCCGGUCCACAUGCUCCUGCUGGAGCAGCUGCAGUGGGAACGGGCUCAGCUGCAGACUCGGGGGGCCAACAGCAGCGGUGGUGGCAGUAGUGGCGGGAGCAGUGGAGAUGAGGAGCCGUGGUCCCAGGGCCCUGCUGUCCCUGGAGGCCAGAUGGGGAAAGUGCAGGAUCCGGAGGCGCUAGCUCAGGAACUGUCAGCGUCACUCGCCCGGGCCCUGGGCCUGUGGGAGCAGCUGCAGUGUCUUCGGGAGGAGCUGGAACAGGUGGCUAAGAAGGGGCGAGCCAGGCGUGCUCAGAGUGCCAAACUGAACAACGAUUUAUGUAAGGCUCACAGAGCCCUGGUUCUGGCCUUCCGAGGAGCCCAACGGAAGCAGGAAGAGCAGCGGAGAAAGCUGGAACAGCAGGUGACACUCCUGGAGGCCAGACAGGCAGAGGAGCUGGCGGCGCUAGAAGCCACCACAAGAGUCCUGGGGAGGCCCAGGCCAGCCCGCCCCCCGCCCGGGCCAGGGGAGACCUUUCUGUAGGCCCUGUACCUGGCUGUGUCUACAUGUGCCAGACAGUGGUGGCAGGCCCUGCCAUAAAUAUC